CCCAAAAGCCCACAACCUUCUUCCAGCGACAACUGUCAAUCAACCAACUUCUUCUGUCUGGAGAAUUGCUCCAACAACUCUUUUCUGCUUUCAUCCACACGUCUUGUUUGCUGCCUAUUCUGGAAGCGCGACUUGACCGUCUUGUUGACGCGGUCAAGCAGGCAGCGCAUUCCCCCAGCACAGUUUUUACUCUACUUUCCAGACCGGACCACCGCCCAUCAUGACUGAACCUGAGAACUUCGAAGAUGACCUCUUCGAUGAUCUCUACAACGAUGACGAACCUGCCAAGGCGGCGCCGCCACCACCCCCUCCUGAGCCUGCUCCUCCUGCGGCCGAGCCCGUUACCAAGCACGAAGACGAGUCUGCCAACAGCAUUGUCCAGCAUUUGGGUGGGGAUACUGGCGGCGACUACAAUAUGAACGGUAAUGAGGAGUACGAAGAAGAUGACGACGAUGUGGAUUUCAACCUCGGUAACGACGAGUCUCAUGCUUCCGAAACACCCUCCUAUCAUAACAGCGCUCCUGCGCCCGCACCACAUAAGGGUCCUAACGCCAAGGAAGAUGGGUAAGUUGUUCAUAAGCCUCUAGGUUCCACCCUUCCCUUUCCCUAAUCCAAUAUGAUGUCUAUGUUUGUCUUGUCACGUUGCCUCGAGUAUGUGACAGCCUGGCCAAAUGGGCUUCGGCUAUGGGAG